AAGAGGAAAAAAGACAGAUGCAGAGAAAUAAAGAGAGCGGACUGAGCCUGAGCAUAUAGUAGAUUAUAGGGAAAUUAAACCGAGGGCAGAGCGAGGCGAUUACAGAGUUAUGAUUUCACAAGCGACCAUAAGCAUCAAGAGGGCAGAUGGAGUAGAAAAAAUAUAUAACUCACUCCACUUCGAAGAGAGUUAAGUAGAUUAAGUAAUAUCAUUUGAGCAUCAUCAGCAUAGUUGAGCCCUGCAAGGACUCUUGAAGAUAGAGCUGCCUCAGGUCAGGGAUGGGAUCCACUCUGCUGCUCCACAAUCUGGACUUUCUUCUCAUCUCACUACUCAGCAGUUUAUGCCUGGUUUAUGCGGAUGAUGUGCUCACAAAAGAAGAACAGAUAGGCCUGUUGUUCAAAGCCAAACGGAAGUGUGAGGGGAACAUCAAGUCGAAGCAAAGGGUUGCUGAUGGUUUCUGCUCACCAGAAUGGGACGGCAUUGUGUGUUGGCCUGAAGGUGCUCCGGGAAAACUUGUAUCCACUGCAUGUCCAGAGUAUAUCUAUGACUUCAACCAUAGAGGACUGGCAUACCGACGGUGUGACAACAAUGGAACAUGGGAGCUGGCCACAACCAACAACAAGACCUGGGCCAAUUAUAGCGAAUGUGCAAAAUUCCUCUACCAUUACAACCAGAGCCAUGAAAAGGAGGUUUUUCACCGUCUGUAUCUCAUCUACACAGUGGGGUACUCCAUCUCUCUGGGAUCACUCAUGGUUGCUGUGGUCAUCUUGGGAUAUUUCCGACGAUUACACUGCACCAGGAACUACAUCCACAUGCACCUAUUUGUGUCCUACAUGCUAAGAGCUAUAAGUAUUUUUGUGAAAGAUGUUGUGCUCUACUCUGGAUCUGCCUUAGAGGACAUGGAAAGAGUCACAGUGGAAGACCUUAAGUCCAUCACGGAGGCUCCGCCAGCCAACAAGACACAGUUUAUUGGCUGCAAGGCGGCUGUAACCUUGUUCAUGUACUUUCUGGCGACCAAUUACUACUGGAUCCUUGUUGAGGGUCUAUACCUCCACAGCCUCAUCUUUAUGACCUUCUUCUCAGACAGAAAGUAUCUUUGGGGAUUUACUCUGAUUGGAUGGGGAGUACCAGCUAUGUUUGUGACAGUUUGGGCAACUGUGAGAGCCACAUUUGCAGACACAGAGUGUUGGGAUUUAAGUGCAGGCAAUUUGAAAUGGAUAUAUCAAGUGCCUAUCCUGGCAGCCGUAGUGGUUAAUUUUAUGUUAUUUCUGAACAUCAUCAGAGUCUUGGCAACUAAACUACGAGAAACAAAUGCUGGAAGGUGUGACACAAGGCAACAGUACAGAAAACUGUUGAAGUCCACGUUGGUCCUGAUGCCACUGUUUGGCGUCCACUACAUUAUAUUCAAUGCCAUGCCUUAUACAGAAGUGUCUGGGGUUCCCUGGCAGAUCCAGAUGCACUACGAGAUGCUGUUCAACUCCUUCCAGGGAUUCCUAGUAGCAAUUAUCUACUGCUUUUGCAAUGGAGAGGUGCAAGCUGAGAUCAAAAAGUCCUGGAGCAGGAGGACUCUGGCCCUGGACUUCAAGAGAAAAGCUCGGAGUGGCAGUAACACCUACAGCUAUGGGCCUAUGGUAUCACACACCAGUGUUACCAACGUCACUGCCAGAGGACCACUGGCCCUCCACCUCACCACGAGACUGGGGCCGGUGUCUGUGAACGGGCAUCGGAACCUCCCUGGGUACGUGAAAAAUGGCUCUGUCUCAGAGAACUCUCUUCCUUCAUCGGGACAGGAGCUCCACAUCCCCGAAGAGGAGCAUUCUACCCAUACACGACCCUGUGAGGACGAGAAACCCUCACCGGUGGUGGAGGAGGAGAGGGAGACAGUCAUGUGACCUCCAGGGCACAAUGUGUAGGGAUACAAAACAAAUCAUGAAACAGUCUCAGGAUGGUCUCAAGGGGAAGGCUGCAUGCACCAAC